AUGCGUUCCUGUAUCGCUGUUUUGUUCCUGUUGUUGGUUGCCAGCACUGCUCGUCCGUUGGAAGAGUUCGAUCUGCUCUUCGAGGAGCAACCAAAGCUCAUCUAUAAGAGAGCCAGUAACGGAAACCAGCAGGAACUGGUGAUGGCUCGUCUCCAGCAGCUCUUGGGCCCUGAAGCGUUCACAGAAUUCGACUCACACGGUCGUCUCUCAAAUCUUCAAAGACUCGGAUAA